AAACACAGCGACAGCCAUUCUACUGUCAGUGACCAUCUGUAUUUAUUUGCCUUCAUUUAACAGUGGCGAUACGGGCGUGACAAGUCGCCCGCAGCAACGUUGCGUACUUAAGUCAAGAUAUCAUGGCUUCCCACCAACAGGGAAGGGGACGUUGCGCUGUCGCAUUUGCUCUGACUGCAGUCGUCGUCAUGGUCGUCGUCGUUGGUGUCGCCGUGUGGGAGGAAACACGUGAUCAACAAGAAGGCACGCCCUUUAUGUCACGUGCCGUGUACGAGAUAGGAGACGCCGAGAUUCAUAUACAGAAUACGGUGCACAUGAACAUACGUCAUAAUCAUGUGAUCACCGGAGAGAUCUUCAUGGGUUAUGACUGGAGAACUGCUGGACAUAAGGAUUGCAACACGCCGGAAGCGGAUGUAUGUCUCUCGUGGGAAAGAGACCGGAAGUUGGAGAUAUACAAGACAGGAAACGAUAAAGUCACGUGCUACAAUGUCACGUGGGAGGCUGUCAACUGCGUGUCACAGGAACUGAAGGAUUGUGUUGAACUGUCACGUGGUCACUGGUUUGGGGGAUUUGAGGACUACCACCAAUACUGGCCGAUGAAUGAGAUACAACAGGAAAUGGCGGCCUAUGUUGCGACGGAUUCCUACGCCAAGAAAUACGGCGGUGUAUUGGAGAGAUACUUCCUAUCAUCCACUGGUUUAGGUAUAUUCAUUGAUUCAAAUAUUCCCCUUUAUCUUAGUUUCAACGAUAAAAGCAGCAACUUAAUGUGUAUGUCGGCCAAAUUUGAACGCUCGCCUUACAUCAACAUCGACAACAAACCACCACGUCUCUCCUACACUGUGUGUCAAGCCAACAACAUCCGGGUAGUUCAUGACUACAUGUCCGCGAAGUACAUUCCCCGCCCUGAAGGCGUCCCUGAUCGCCGCCUGUUCCGUUCCCCUAUCUGGUCAACGUGGGCCAUGUACAAGAAAGACAUCAACCAGACACAGGUCCUACAGCUGGCUAACGACAUCGUCAGCAACGGCUUCAGUCACUCCCAGCUUGAGAUUGAUGACGAGUGGACUACUUUAUAUGGUGACAUGGACUUCACAACAAACAAGUUCCCGGAUGCUCGAGGGAUGAUAUCACAACUCAAUAAGGACGGCUUCAGGGUGACAGUCUGGGUCCAUCCUUUCUUUAAUAUCGAUUCCCGCGCUUUUAAUGAAGCAGCCGCACUGGGUUACCUGGUUCGAGCCCCAGAGCGCAAACUUCCGGCUCUGACAUCCUGGUGGCGGGGUCAACUGUCGGGUACACUCGAUGUCACUAACCCGUAUGCCGUGGACUGGUACCUCAAUAAGACCAACUUUCUGAAAGACACCUACAACAUUAGCUCCUUCAAGUUUGACGCCGGCGAGGUAGCAUGGCUUCCCUUUAUUUACAGUGUCAAUAGAACUUACCUAAACCCGAAUGAGUACACGAGAAAAUGGAUUGACCUUGCCUACCGCUCUGACCCGGAUGUAAGACACCAAGAGGUCAGGGUUGGGGCCGGAAGUCAGAAUGUACCCAUAUUUGUGCGCAUGAUGGACAAAGAUUCCGUCUGGGAUAACAACAAUGGCUUGAAGACACUUAUUCCCUGUGCGCUUACCAUGGGGCUGAUUGGGUACCCGUUUAUUCUACCGGACAUGAUUGGCGGAAAUGCUUAUGACAACUCUUCCGGUUUAGAGGCACGUAAUUACCCGGAUGAAGAAUUGUUUAUAAGAUGGAUGCAGCUCAAUACCUUCCUCCCAUCGCUUCAGUUCUCGGUCGUUCCUUGGGUUUACAACAACGAGACUGUCGUUGAAAUCACGCGAUAUUUCGCGGAGCUUCACGAAAAUUACACAUCAACAAUUAUAAAACUUGCUGAAGACUCGGUGAGAACUGGUGAACCAAUCAUUCGUCCGAUAUGGUGGAUAGCUCCUCAAGACGAGGCCGCGCUAACGAUUGAUUCCGAAUAUCUCCUUGGCAACGACUUGCUUGUAGCACCGGUAGUUGAGAAAGGGGCCACGUCACGUGAUAUUUACCUCCCAGAAGGCACUUGGUUCGACGAGCUCCGGAAACAGCAGGUCGAGGGAGGUCAAUGGUACCGAGACUAUCGGGCAGAACUUCACGAACUGCCGUUCUUUUCGAGAAUUACAACAUAAAUUAUAAUUUGACAUAUUCAAGGUUCUCUAUGAUGGACUUUACAAACACAUUACUCACGCACUCACAAUUCCUGCAUACGGAGAUGUGCAAGAUUGUUUCUGAUUAACAUCAAAUCUCGCCAUUGUGGAUCACACCAGAACCACCUUUCAUCCGACCAAUCAGAGCGUGUCUUACCAUAUCAUGAAAGGGUCAAUCAAAUUGCCGUACUGUACAAGAAUGAGAACCUAAAUUAUAUUUCAUUGUAUCGUAAUAUGAUAAAUCGAAACACGCCGCUGAGAAGUAUGGAACUUUGUUGAUAGAGCUUAUCUGUAGUGAAACUAAUGGUGCUAGACAGAGGUGGUGGUGGUGCUUAAUGAUGGUGAUAGUGGUUGUGUAUAAUGAUGUUUCAUGCACACACAACACGGAGUACCGGAAUAUUGCAACACGCCGGAAUAUCGUACACUGAGAUACGACAUCGGGAGUUGACACAAGUACGUCGUUGUUGCAUGACUGGGCUCACAGUAACAGUGGGACACGCUCUUGGCGGCCUAGGCUGAAGAACGUCAAAAUGUAUCAGAGGUACGAAGCUUUAAGGGACUUGUAAAGUUUCUUGCUCGGUUCAUACAGAAUUUUGCCCCUCAGGACAUUAACUAGGAAAGAGACUCUAUUUGUUUAGAAAGGGGGGCAAGCAGAGGCGUUCCAGAAAUUGAAAGACGGAUUAGCUAAUGCAGAGAGACUAGCUUAUUUCGAUAGCAAGGCUAAAACUAGGGUGAUGGCUGAUGCAGUGUUGAUACAGGAAAACAAAACGGAUAAGAGCGCGUCAUCAUGUAUGCAAGCAGGAGUCUGAUAAAUUGAUUAUUUUGGGACAGUCGGUCUUAUAAGGAAAUAGGUUAGUAGUUCUGACAUCUCUGGGACGAAGAGUUAUCCAACUAGCACAUCAAGGUGUUCAAUGCAUCGUGAAGACAAAGCAACGUCUGCGUACUAAGGCUUGGUGGCCUGGUAUAGACAACAAUGUAGAAGAGAAGUGUGGAACUUGUCAUGAGUGUCAACAACCAACAACAAGCGAACCUUUAGCUCGUACGCAGAUACCCUUUGGGCCAUCGUAAGGUGUCCUACCUGGACCAUUUCCAACAGGGACGCAGGUAAAAUGGAUUCAUCAUCAUCAUAAAGUUACUCCCCUUUGGCCUCAGGCAAAUAGUGAAGUAGAGAGACAGAACAGGAUUUUGCAAAAAUUUAGCAAGAAUUGGGGGAAACUUGUUUAUUAUUGUAGUAGUUUAAUAUUGUACAUGGUCCAAAUAAUAUUAGUGUAUGUAUCACAUUUCUCUGAAAAAGGGAGGGAUGUAGAAGUUUGUGUUAUGUUAAUAAACCGGAAGUCUUGUUACGUGUAUUUCACUUUUUUUUCGUCUGGGGUCUUUGUUCGUCGCAUUGACGUGCUGGUCUAGUCUUCCGUCCAGUAUCGUUCCAUCUGGGAUAACAACAAUGGCUUCAAGACACUUAUCACAUAGAUAACAUAUCACAGAUAUUUUAACUUUUAUGUGCAGAUGAUAUUGCUCUCUUUUCAUCUACAAUCAAAGGACUGCAGUGUCAAAUUAAUGAACUUGAAAGUUACUGCAAUAAAUGGAAGCUAACAGUUAACAUGAGUAAAACAAAACUUUUGGUAUUUAAGAAUGGAGGUCAUUCAGCAAGUAAAGAAUAUUGGUCCUUUAAAGGACAAAAAAUAGAAACUACAGGAUUUUAUAAAUAUCUUGGUGUUUACUUCAGUAGAAACGUGUCAUGGUAUAAACAUUUGUAUCAAGCUGCUUUACCUUUCAAGCAAGAAAGGUCUUUGUAAGUAUCCAUAAGAGUUUGAAAGUUUUAGAAACCAUUUCUCAUCAAUCUUUUAAAAAGAAUAUUUGAUAUAAAGAUACUCCCCAUUAUGUUGUAUGGGGCAGAAGUCUGAGGUUUACAGCACUUUGAUGCCAUAGAAAAGAUUCAUUUAUAUGUUUGCAAAAAGUAUUUAGGUGUAGUAAAUAAACACUUCCAGCUUGGUGGUGUAUGGAGAAGGUGGAAGAUUCCCUCUCUAUGUAUAUUCAAAUAUAAAAGUUAUUAAAUACUGGCUGAGACUUCUUGACAUGCCCUCAUAUA